GGGCCUCUCGGGGCUGGUACAGCUGCAGGAGCUGGAGGAGCUGGAGCUCACCAACUGCCCCGGAGCCACUCCAGAGCUCUUCAAGUACUUCUCCCAGCACCUGCCCUGCUGCAUGGUCAUCGAGUAGCACCCACCUGACGGGGACCAGCCCCCCUAAACCCAGCUGCGACGGCACCCAACCCAUUUCUUCCCGUCGGCAGGAUUAGGGGGGGUGCAAAAGACGCUGCCCAUUCAACUGACCCACGUGUAAAGCCCCUGCCUCAACGCCCUGGAUGCCAGCACCCCCCCACUUGCCCCUGCCUCACAGCCACAGAGGGGCCCGGGCACGGCGAGAGGAGUUCCCUGCUUUUUGGCACCAUGGGUGCUGCACGGACAGGAGCCUGGGACCCCCUGCACAGAGCCAUGGGCACCCCCAGAUGGGAGAAACAAGCCGACCCCCCCGUGCUGUGCGUCCCCCCUUGCCCAUCCAUAGGAUGCUUUCCUCCACCCUCGCAUGCUCGCUUGCUUCAGUCUCGUGGCACAGCAGGGGGGACAGUGACAAGUGGCACCCGCCACCCUGCUGCCACCCAGCCCCUCCGCACAGCUCUCCCAGUUGGGCCGUGGUCUCCCUCCCCCCCCUCAAACAUCACUGUGCCCCAUUUCCACUGGGGACAGUGGGGCAGCAUCCCCUUGCUGCGAGGGGCUGUCACCCCUUUACCGCCUGGGGAACAUGGAGGGAUGUGGGGCCAUCGCCACUGUGGCCACUCUAUGUCCAGAGGUGAUUCAUCUGGCUGGGAUGGGUCCCACUGUCCCCAUGGGGCUGGGGGUCCGGCCCUGUGCCCCGCUGCGGCUCGCAGGUGGCACGGGGACAGCGGGGACGCCGAGCGAAGGCAGGGGGACAUCACCUCGGGAUGCAACGCCGCUUCUUCCAGACCUAAAGCCAUCGCCCGGGUGCCACCCAAACUGCCCCACUGCAGGGCCCAGCCAGCACCUCGGGGUGCCCCAAGUGUUGGGGGCUGGGGGCUGAGCCGGCACGGGGUAUGGGCACGGACACGGGCACGGACACGGACACGCUUUCGGGUUGUUUUGCCUUUGUAACGGCCGGGAAGGAACUGCUGCACCACCCGCCGCCUCCGCUGGCUCCUUUGUCCAAAAUUCCCAUUUCUGGUCCCAAAACAGCCCGAGGUUCUGGCCCUGAAAGGGGGCUGGGGUGCGCCAGGUCAGGGUGGCACCCCUAAAACUGCCUGCAUGUCACUAUGGGAAGUGGGUGCUGGGCACCCAAAGGGGACAGGUGGGGACAUGUGUAAGGACUCCUUCUCACAGGACCGGGGUGAGCGGGGGCAGCCCCCAGAGGAAGAUGGAAGUGGGGAGCAAAGCCACAGGUACCGAGCGAGCUUUGGCCUCUCUGCCUCCCACGCAGUUGAUGCAAACCCAGAACACCCCGGAGCCGUGCCCACCCCUGACCAGCGCUGGCUGAGGGGGCGCGGGGCGGCCGUUGGGGCUUGGAUGCAGCCUGCGGGGCUGCCAGCCUCCGAGCCCGCACCCGGAGAGGGGACCCUGCGCCGAGGACGGCCAUGGAGAAGAUGGCCAGGGUGAGCACGGCCCUGGGGGGCAACACCCUGACGGGGCGCACCAUGUUUUGCCACCUGGACGCCCCUGCCAACGCCAUCAGCGUGUGCCGCGACGCAGCCCAGGUGGUGGUGGCCGGCCGCAACAUCUUCAAGAUCUACUCCAUCGAAGAGGAGCAGUUUGUGGAGAAGCUGAACCUCCGGGUGGGCCGCAAGCCCUCGCUGAACUUCAGCUGCGCCGACGUGGUGUGGCACCAGAUGGAUGAGAACCUGCUGGCCACCGCCGCCACCAAUGGCGUGGUGGUCACCUGGAACCUGGGCAAGCCGUCCCGCAAUAAGCAGGACCAGCUGUUCACCGAGCACAAGCGCACUGUCAACAAGGUCUGCUUCCACCCCACCGAGGUGUACAUGCUGCUCAGCGGCUCCCAGGAUGGCUACAUGAAGUGCUUUGACCUGCGCAAGAAGGACUCUGUCAGCACCUUCUCUGGCCAGUCGGAGAGUGUGCGUGAUGUGCAGUUCAGCAUCCGUGACUACUUCACCUUCGCUGCCACCUUUGAGAAUGGCAACGUGCAGCUGUGGGACAUCCGCCGGCCCGACCGCUAUGAGAGGAUGUUCACAGCCCACAACGGCCCCGUCUUCUGCUGUGACUGGCACCCCGAGGACCGGGGCUGGCUGGCAACAGGUGGCCGGGAUAAGAUGGUGAAGGUUUGGGACAUGAACACCACGCGGGCAAAGGAAAUCUACUGCGUGCAGACCAUCGCCUCCGUAGCCCGGGUGAAGUGGCGGCCGGAGUGCAAGCACCACAUUGCCACCUGCUCCAUGAUGGUGGACCACAACAUCUACGUCUGGGACGUGCGGCGGCCCUUCAUCCCCUCUGCCAUGUUUGAGGAGCACAAGGAUGUCACCACGGGCAUCGUGUGGCGUCACCUCCAUGACCCCUACUUCCUCCUGUCCGGCUCCAAGGACAGCACCCUCUACCAGCACAUCUUCAAGGACGCCAGCCAGCCCAUCGACCGGGCCAACCCUGAGGGGCUGUGCUACAGCCUUUAUGGAGACCUGGCCUUCGCAGCCAAGGAAAGUCUCAUCUCCUCCGACUCCAACCGCAAGCCCUACAUCGGGGACCGCCGCCACCCCAUCUUUUUCAAGCGCAAGCUGGACCCCACGGAGCAGUUUGAGUACAUCUCCUCCUCCAGUGCCCUCAGUGUCUUCGAGACGGACGUGGAGAGUGGCAGCAUGGACUGGUUUGUGCACACUGCCAAGCAGUAUGCACUGGCUGGCAGGCCCCUGGCUGAGCUCUGCGACCACAAUGCCAAGGUGGCCAAGGGCUUGGACCGCAACCAGGUGGCUCAAACGUGGACGAUGCUCCGGAUCAUCUACUCCAGCCUUGGCACCGUGUCAUCCACCAACCUCAAUCACAGCAUGGGGAAGGGCAGCACCACUCUCCCGCUCAUGAACAGCUUUAACCUGAAGGACAUCCCCUCCGGGCUGGGCAGCGAGUCGAGGUUGGAUCGCAGCAAAGGAGAAAGCCGCACGGAAAAUAUCCUCAUGGAUUCCUCCUCCACCCUGAUCAACAACGAGGACAACGAGGAGACAGAGGGCAGCGAUGUCCCUGCAGACUACCUGCUGGGAGACGUGGAGGCGGAUGAAGAUGACCUGUAUAUGAUGGACCACGAGAACCCACACGCAGAAGAGCAGGAGUAUAGCCUUCCCCAGGAAGCCUUCCCCCUGCGCCACGAAAUCGUGGACAACCCGUCAGCCCUGGACCACCUGCAGGACAAGGCUGACUCCCCCCACGUCAGUGGCAAUGAGGCCGAGACGGUGUCCCUGACGCCCGUGGAGUCCUUCUCCCUCAUCUCCAUCUCCCACUCGCUCUAUGAGAACCGCCUGCCCUCCGACUUCUUCAACCCCAUUGUGCGUGACACGCUGCUCUUCUACGCCGAGCAGGGGGACGUGCAGACAGCUGUGUCUGUGCUCAUUGUGCUGGGAGACCGAAUCCGCAAGGAGAUCGAUGAGCAGACCCAGGAGCACUGGUACACCUCCUACAUCGACCUGCUGCAGCGCUUCCAGCUCUGGAACAUCUCCAACGAGGUGAUCAAGCUGAGCACGUGCCGCGCCAUCAACUGCCUCAACCAAGCCUCCACCACCCUCCACAUCAACUGCAGCAACUGCAAGCGGCCCAUGAGCAACAGGGGCUGGAUCUGUGACAGGUGUCGGCAGUGUGCCAGCAUGUGCGCCGUGUGCCACCACGUGGUGAAGGGGCUCUUUGUCUGGUGCCAGGGCUGCAGCCACGGCGGCCACCUGCAGCACAUCAUGAAGUGGUUGGAGACCAGCUCACACUGCCCGGCGGGCUGCGGCCACCUCUGCGAGUACACCUGAGCCGAACAGCAGCACGGGGGCAGCAGGACUGUGGGGCUGGGGAACAGGAAGCAGUGCUGUGGCGACGCAGCCUUCGGCCCUCCCCUCCCCUCUCUUUGUAUUUAUUUCUGGGGGCAGCCAUUUUGUACUGAAUUAAACCCAAAGCUGAGAA